AUUCCAAUAGUCGUAAACUUAUUAGAAAACACAAAGUUCUGAUAAAAAAAUUAAAUCUUUGAGUGGUUUUUUAAUUAAGUAAUUAAAAGAGUGUAGUGUCGAGGUAUUACAAAGCUUUGACCUGCCCUGAGAAGACUGUAGGAAGUGAAAACUUUGUAAUUACCGCGUUAUCUGAAAAGAUAUAGUUAUGGAUUAUAUAGACCUGAAUAAGACUAUUGUCGCAGAGAUAUUGCAUUAGUCGAUGUGGUGAAGGUGGUGGUUAACGACUUGAGCCGGGACCGAUCCCUCAAAGAUGAAACGCCUUUUGCUCCUUGUUUGCCUCUCAACCCUCAUCAUCUGCACCACCCCCAAGAAAGAAAAAUGCCUAACUCAAGAAGAUUGCGAAAACAUGACAUCCGAAUACGAAAAAUACCGCGCUUGUAUGGAACGCCGGACCAAGCGUUCGACCGAUUGCUACGACGAAGAUUCCUGCGACAACUGCGACUGCAACACUUGCAGUUACAAUUCCUGCGACUCCUGCAGCCACAAAGACAGCUGUUGCGGGCAAUGCUGCCAAAGCAACGCCUGCACAACGACCAACUGCUGCCACCAAACCUGCCGUGCAGAAUGCCGCUCCAAUUCCUGCAGAACCUCCUGCAAAAAACGCUGUCUGGACAGAACAACCCAAACGCAAAGCUCGUCCCAAAUGUCGCACAGACACGAAAGCACCAGCAAACACAACAUAACCACCGUGAUUCAUUUGAACAACGUUAUCAACAACACGAAUUUAAUUAACUUGCCCAUUAAUGUAAAUAACACUGUCUUGAACAACAUAACGAAUGAAGGGCAUAGUGGAGGGGGUUAUUUCGGGAGUUACGUCCAAGGGGCGUCAAAGGAGCAAUGUUGCACGACAGUGGGACCUCGCCAAUGCGUCCCUCAGAACGAUUUUCCCUUCAUGAGGUGUUUCCACGUCCGGAGACAAACCUGUGGCAGCAUGUGCACUGCUCCAGUCGUCCACUACCAAAAGCACGAAAUUUGCGACAACGACGUCAAUUUGCAACAACCCUGUCGGCAGCAAAUCGUCUACAUCCCGCAGCCGCAACCUAGGUGUGCCUACCAGCCAACCUGGCCCUACGUCACGUGCGGGAACAGCCAGUCACAGUCGUGUGAAGGCUGUUACGACCACUACAUCAAGCGCGAGGAUUUGACCAAGUGCUCGAAUUUCUGCUACGAUGAUGGGUACGGUGCUGGGCCCUAUUACAGGCAAGGGCCGUUCUACAGGCCGGGGUUCGCCCAUGUGCCUUCGUGCGUCCAGACCGGGACCUGCGGCUAUGGGUGGGAUGGGUACGAGGGUUAUGGGGGCGCGCCCAGCGGGUUCCCCUACAUGUACCCGCCUCAGACCUACCCGUAUAUUAUCGAGGAUUGUGAGAAUGGGACCUGUGCCGAGCCAGCCAUUCAAUGGAGUGGGCCAGUGGAUGAGAAGUCGAUUGAUAUUAAGGAUGAUAAGAAUAUUCAGUGGUUUCAGCCCGAUAAAAUGAUGAAUAUUGAGACUGAAGUGAAGAAUUCGCCAAGGUCGGGGAGGUAUGCGGAGAUAAGGAUCAAGCACGCCAAGAAACAUAAAACCAAAGCUACGACUAGCACUACGGUGGAAAGUUCUAGUGCUGGUACUAGCCCUACGACUGCGGCGUCUGUUGUAAUAGCGACUACGACUGCGUCAAAUUGAGAUGAUUGUACUUAAUUUUUUAUUUAGAUUUAAUUGUGUUCCAGUAUUUAAUCGAACUAAAAGACCAAACUUGUUUUCUAUUCUGUUGUCAUAUGUUUUUAUCUAACUUGCUGUUCUUUAUUUGCCUUCAUCACACAUCUAUUAAAACUUUGUGGAAAAAACGAAUUUAAAAAAAUAAAAACUUUUUUAAAUCGAUAUAUUUCCACUCUUGUAAUUUCAUAGUUUCAACACUAUUUCCUAAUUAUCAAUGUCUCAGCUUUUCACAAUUUGAGAUAAAUGAUUGUACCUACUUAAUUAUUGCCGCAGAUAAGUUUAAGUUGUAUUUCAGUAUUGCUAUUGUAUUUAAACAAUCAAAAGGAGCAGACGAUUUUUUUUAUUCUGCUAUAAUUAUAUUUUUACUUGAUAUUUCAAAAUAUAUAUCGUGAUUUAUUUCCUCGUUUCUUUUUUUAUUUCCACCCACUUCGACCACACAAUUUGAGAUUAAUAAAUUAGAAAAGCUUCUGUCUUUUAAGUCUCUCUCAAUUUCUCGCUUAUCGCUUCCUAAGGUUUUCAAAUUUUCAAUUCAUAAGUUUUUUCAUUAUUCACUUCUAUAGUUUCGUGGUUUGUCAGCUAAAAGUACGCCACUCUCUUCGCUACAAGGUUGGAUUUUCAAUCUAUAAAUUUUUUCCACUUUUCAGUUAUAUAAUUUAUUUAAUUUCUUAGGUCCGGUUUAUAGAAAGCUUCAUCAAAUUUUAAUUCGUUGUUAAAAGUUAACAACGCGAAUAGACCAAUCAAAUUGGCUCAAUUUCGUCACGUGAUCCGUUAAUCACGCAUUUAAUUGCGAAUUAAGUUAAUGACGCUUCUAUAAACCGGUUCUCAAUCUUUCAGACCCUUAGUUUCUCAGUGAUUCAGUCUCUCGGCUUUCUGGUUUCUCAGUUUAUCGUUAAAAGAUUUUCUUAAAAGAUUUUGAACUUUUCAGUCUCUCAGCUACUUUAGAAUGUCAAUUUUUUAACUUAUUUCAAGUUUUUGGUUUCCAUUUUUUUCAGAACUUCAGAACGGCAAAUGAGAAAACGUUACUUUUUUGGUCGUUUUCUUGACAAAAAGAGAAAUAAUAAUCCAUUUGAAGCAAUUUUUUUUAUUCCAAAGGUCAGUCGCAGAAAAAAUGUGUGUACAAAAUAAAGAAAUCAGAAAAAAAAUCAUUUAAAUUCUAGACUUCACAUAAAUUUUUAAUCUGUUUAAUAUUAUAGUUUUUAAUAUGUAAUCGAUGAUUUAUUUGUAAAACUGUUAAUCAUUUACCCACAAAGUGCGUGACAUUUUGACAAAAUAAAUAAAAAAUUUUAAAUAAAAAUUCUUGCAUCUGUUAAGUUAUAAUACCUAUUUUGCAAUCUUUAUUUAUUUUUCUUUCAAUUUCUAUCAAAUUAAAUCUUUCAAGAGUUUCAAGUCGCGCGGCAUUGGUAAUUUACUCCUUUGGAUAUUGAAGCUGAGUACAAUAAACUGUUUGUUGUCCACACCCCUUUUGAUUUCAGAGCAUCAAAAACCUCACUGUCAAACGUGUCCUUCCAAGAUAACGUUUAUUGACAAAUUUCCUCCCAAAUUUUAUCGCAUUUGCAUUCUUUAACUGCAACCCGGCCAGAGAGUGCUAAUUUUUGCAACAGUUUCCAAAUGAAACCCUGUGUUGUAUUUUUCCUCUUGCUCUCAUUUGUGUGUUUGCUGGAGGCAGUUCCACACAAAAGAGAAACUUUCUGUCGCGACAACCGAUGUUUGACUUGCAUCGGCCGUUAUUGCACCACAACGUGCGAAGGAGAAGACUGCAAAAAAUGUCCUUUGGGUGACUGUUGCGACGGUUCCAAGUGCAAUAUUUGCAGAGGCGCCAGAUGUUGCGAAACGUCCGAAUGCAAUAAUUGCGUUAAUGAAUGUUUGAAGAAGUGCAUAGGGAAGGCCACUUGUCACUAUGAUUGCUUCCAAGAGUGUCUUCCUAACGGAGGUGGUUCGCAACAGGAGAAUAAGACCUACUAUGGAUCACCGUUAGUAAAUAACCACAACUAUUUCCCGGUUAAUGUUACCACGAUUAUCAAUAUAACCAACUCGCUUUACAAUGACAAUGCUAUAUACAACCCAAUUUUCGUAAACACCACAAACGUUAACAACUAUACGGGGGAUCAAAAGACCUAUCAUCACAAACAAGUGAUUCUUGGUGGCGGCAACAAUGAAAAGCCAGAGGGAAAGCCCGUACUUCUGGACCUUCCUGAGGAAACCAACAGCACACAAAAUUGUUGCGAAGUGGUACAUCCGGAAAACUGUCAAACGGUACCACGAGAAAGCAGUCGUUUGUGUUUUACAGGAAAACACAACGAGUGUUCACAGAUCUGUAUCGGAAAACAUGUUCACAUAGUUGAAGACAAGGAACAAAGCCAUCAGUGUGUGUCGAUUGCACACAAACCGUAUUUCUUUUGCGGCAAUUAUGUUGUUGAAAAUUGCGAUGGCUGCUACGAGUGCAAGAAUGCGGAAGAUGAAAAUGAGGUGAAAUGUGAUGAACAAGAGUCUUGCCCCGAAAAGUGCAAGAGCUCCAUGAUCGAUGAACAAUUCUACAAUCGAUUGUACAGAAAGGACUGAUUUUUCAGUUGUAAUAAAGUAGUCAAAACUGUAUUAAAACAUUUUCAAAUAAAAAAUUUUUAUAGUUUUA